GACUUUAAUACAACACAAUGCAUUUAUGUUUAUGGAGGCUCCGACAUGUAUUGCAUAACUGAUAAUGGAACAAAACCCGUACAGGUCGUACUUUCACUGGGCCAGGAUUCAUUUGUUCUUGCUGAAACCGAAAAGAACAACGGGUUGUACAGAUUCCGUAACGCUCAUCAACAAAUGGCUGGACUGUCAAGACAGAAUGUGACAUGUCAGGUUUCAAAUGCAGCCCUUGAAACACCUUACGAAGUGCAUGGCAUUCUAUGUAACGUGGAGCAAGGUAGCCCGCCCAUCUUAACAGUUCCAGAAUUCCUUGAUGGAGAAAAUUCAACAGCAUCUUGUGCAGUUCGCAAUGCUAUCCCAGCUCCGGCAAUAGAAAUGCACAUUGACACAGUCUUGCUAGAUGAUGUUCUACAAACUGAUUCUUUCCAAGGAUCUUCUCAUACUUUUACAAGCUCAGCAAAAGUGACAAAGGCUAACAUAGCGUGGAAUGGAAAAGAGAUGUGCUGCACCAGAAAGAGCAAAUACGAGUUUGGUUUUAAUGAUAUCUCAGUAUGCAAAAACAUCAGUAUGAAAUUCCCCCCUUCGAACAUUUCUCUGUCCAUUAACAAAAUACCAAAAUACAACAACACUUAUUUUAUCAGUGUCUUAAAUGUUUCUUGUGAAACGAAUGAAUCAAAUCCGCCAUGCACAAUUGAAUGGUCAAGCGACAACAGUAAUUUGAGAUACAUUCAGAGUAACAAUUGGACGAAUGGUGACAAUGGGAGAUAUAGUGCUGUAUCGAACGUGCUUUACAGUGUUUCUAAAUACAUGGCUGGGGGAACUAUUACUUGUUCAAUAAGAUGCGAUCAUUUUCAAUCACAUUUGACUACAAACUACACAGUAUCUUCCUCAGGUGGUCCGACUCUGUAUUUGAACAUGACAUCACCUGUUCAAUUAUGCCCAAAUACUAGAGUGACCGUAAACUGUCUUGUGGAUGACAGUAAUGCUAAUGGACAAUGGACGCUUAGAUGGGAAGAUGCAAAUACCACUGUGCUAAGGAUUUGUACACAAAUAGAGGAAUGCCUUUUAACGCUGGAUUAUACGGGAGAUGGUUUAAACACAUACAUUUGCUACGCUUGGACAUCAGUGGACCUUUUGAAACAUUCCUUGACAGUUUCAAGCUCAAUGACAGAGGACCUAUUUAUGGAGGCAACUAUUGUAAAACAAAGCAUUCCUAAUAUACUUAACUUAACCUGCAACACCAGCGGAAAAUGCAUGCCAUGUGCAAUUGCUUGGAGCAGCAACUCCGUCUUACUUGACCCUAUAUCGACCUCACAAUGGACAAAGAACAGUGGCUCCGGCUAUACAAGUGUUUCAAAUGCUCUCUAUUUCAUUACUAAAGAUGUGGACGGGAAAAGGAUACAGUGUUCUGUAAAUUGUGGGAACGAGUCUUCAUAUUCAAACAAUGAAACAUACACAAUUUCCUUUCAAGCUGUUCAAGAUUCAACUAACAACUCUGCACCAGUUCUAACCCAAAAGUGGUUUAUGUCGGUCAUCUACGCCGUAGCUGGAACACUUUUAUGUCUACUUGUUCUAACGUUAACCUUACUUCUCUUUAGGCGAUGUAAACCUCAUGUUUAUGCAACGCUUCUACGCCGAAGGAAAACUGCAGUUAGAGAGCGAUGUACACAUGUGUAUGAUACGGUGUCUAAUGUUGAGUCAACUGCGCUUCACAAUCUAAGAGGAGUGUCAACAAAUGCUAUCCAGGUCACAAACGCACCUCAACAUUUGGAUAUGGAAGGAAACAAAGUCCUCUCAAAUGAAAAUGUAAGCCACUAUGACUAUGUGGACACUACAUCCGACCACAGCGACAGUCAGACAAACGCGCCGGAUGCAAAUUAUAUUCACGCUUUAUAAAACUACGUGAGAGUCGUUUUUACUAUGUAGUCAGAUUUGUAUUGUUCGAAAUUCCUAUGAUCAUUUCAGUUACGCUAACUGUUUCAAGGCGUUUAUUGUUAUUUGUUUCCUCCCUUUUGUACAAUUGUCAUAUCUUUUUUAAUUUAUUUAUCAUAUGAGUGCAUAGUUUCGUAGAUGAUUGAUAUUAGCCGGAAAUAUAGGUAUUGUUGUAUUGCACCUUGGAAGCUUUUGAAUAUAAACGAUAUUUUGAUUUUUCAGUCAUUAUUUAGUCAUUAUUCAAUGGAAACUUUUAUAUAUUAUAUAUGUGUGUGUUUGUGUGUGUGUGUGUGUGUACAUACCGUGGAUGGUCUUAUGAGGUUGAGCAAGGUUAAGCUUUAAACAAAACUUCAAUACAUUAUGUUUGGCCGUUGUGCUUGUUGUUUUUGUUACUAUUGUAUUUUUAUAGUGUGAGUAAUCGGAUUGCCUGAUCCAGAAGUCCAACUAUCAACAUAGAGUCUAUGGCUGUUACCCUGUUCUAUUAUAGUUGCUAUGAGUUUUAUUUUACUUCUUUUUUGAAUAUCAUGAUGUUAUUUGUUGUAUA